AUCUCUCCUUGUCUAUAAAACAUCGCUGUCUUUUUUGGUUUUUCUUGGAUCAAACCAACAAGAAAUAAAGAUAAAGAAUAAGCUAACUUGAAAAAGGCACUCUUUUUCUUUUAUUUCAGCAAGUUUGAGAAAAUAAAUUCCAGAUCUCUGCACUUCCUGAUCAAUGGAAAUCCAUGAUUGAAACAAUCAAGCAAAGGAAAGCAGAGAAAGGAUUCAGAGACAUGAUGAAUGUUCAUAGAAACUCUCCAAAAGCUUCUCCAGGGAGAAGAUCUACCACCUUGAAGCAUCUCUUUGAUUUAGAUUCCAAAAAUAACAAUGACAAUUUCUCUUCCAGUACCAGAAUUAUCAGCCAGUCUUCUUCAGAUCCUGAAAAUGAAAGAAUCCUGUCUAUUAUAUCUCAUUGUUCCACCAUUUUCACCUUUACUGAUCCUCUGGAGUCUCCUUCUCUGCAAGAUAUCAAGAGAGGCAAUCUCAUCCAGCUCCUGUCUAUAUUAAAAUCCCUGAAAAAGCCACUUCCUGAUCAAAUUCUAUCCCCACUUGUCACCAUGAUUUCUGUCAACCUCUUCCACUCUAUACCUCCAUCUAACAACAACGCCGCCAUCACCGGAGACUUCCUUGACGAUGAAGAAUUUGGUUCUGCUCUUUCACCCACAUGGCCACAUCUGCAACUUGUUUACGACAUUUUGCUUAGGCUAGUGCUCAACAUGGAUCCCAAGGUUCUCCGCAAUUACAUCGACCAACCUUUUCUCACCAAUGUACUAUGUCUCUUUCAGUCUGAGGAUCCUAGAGAACGUGAGAGUUUGAAGAAUGUUUACCACAGAAUAUAUUCAAAGUUCACGUUCUACCGUUCAUUCAUGAGAAAAUCAAUGAGCGAAGUCUUCUUGCACUAUAUAUUUGAGACAGAGAAGCACUGUGGGAUUGGUGAACUGCUGGAGAUAUGGGGAAGUAUCAUCAAUGGCUUCACAGUUCCAUUAAAGGAGGAGCACAAGCUGUUCUUGAUGAGAGUGCUUAUUCCUCUGCAAAAGGGCAAGGGAAUGCAGCUUUAUCAUCGUCAGCUAUCUUAUUGUGUGAAUCAGUUUGUGCAGAAGGAGCCAAUGCUUGGUGGGAUUGUGAUUAGAGGUGUGUUAAAGUAUUGGCCUAUUACUAAUUGCCAGAAGGAAGUUUUGCUUAUUGGUGAAUUAGAGGAACUUGUGGAAAAUAUAGAUCCUGACCAUUAUAGAAAGUUGGCUUUGCCUCUUUGCACCCAAAUUACAAGAUGCUUGAACAGUUGGAACUCACAGGUCGCAGAGCGUGCAUUAUACGUAUGGAACAACGAACAAUUUGUGAAGAUGGCACAUUCAGCGCUAGAAGAGGUGUUUCCUGUUGUGGUGGAAGGCAUGGAGAAGAACCUAAAGUGGCAUUGGAGCAAAAGUGUGAAGCAAUUGACAGAAAAUGUAAAGGCAAUGCUAGAAGAAAUGGAUCCAAGUUUAUACGAGAAGUGCCUGCAAGAAAUUGGCCAGAAAGAAUACUUGGCUGAGCAAGAAGAGGCCAAUAGAAAGAAAAAAUGGGAAAGAAUAGAAAUGGAAGCAGCCAAGAACCAGUUCCUUCAACCACAGAAGUUUAUUUGUGUUUCUCAUUGAUAAGCACAAAAUCAAACUAAACUCUGUGGUGCGGCUAUUGGUAAUUUAAGAGCAUCUGACACUUAUCAUAAAUUUUGAAUCAAAACAGAUCAUUACUGAUGAGCUUUGAUUUGCUGAGAUUAUUUGAUCAUAUGAAGAACCGAUGAACAGAAUAUUAGAGACUAGAGCAACUAACAGAAAACCCAUUAUUCUUGUGGAGCUACUCCACUGGAUUCAGAUCUAAAGUACAGUGAAGAUGAGUUUGAAAUUUAGAUUGUCUUUUUUAAAUAUUCACUUGAAUUUAUUUGGUUAUGGAUUAAACAUGGAUGCAACACUC